AAUGUUUCCAUGUAAGGAGUAUUCUUGCCGGCAGCUUUCAGAUUCGAGGGGGUUUGCUGGGGCUGCUGUUGCCUUCUCAAUCCCUCGAGACAACCCACUAUAAAAACCACAGCCCAAAACCCACACACGCACAAUUGCAGGGAUCACAGGCAAGUAUGUCGAGCAGAAAAACCAAAAAGAAGGAAGGUGGUGCCAAACGGGCUCAGAGAGCUUCAUCCAAUGUCUUUUCCAGUUUUGAGCAGACUCAAAUCCAGGAAUUCAAGGAAGCCUUUACUUUGAUCGAUCAGAACAGAGAUGGCUUUAUUGACAAAGAGGAUCUGAAAGAUACUUAUGCAUCCUUGGGCAAACUCAAUGUCAAAGAUGAUGAAUUAGAAUCCAUGUUACGUGAAGCUACUGGUCCAAUUAACUUCACCAUGUUUUUAAAUCUAUUUGGAGAAAAGUUACAUGGGUCUGAUCCAGAAGAGGUGAUGUUAAAUGCAUUUAAAAUGUUUGAUCCCGAAGGCAAAGGAUGCAUCAACAAAGAUGAACUAAAACAUAUGCUGAUGACUCAAGCUGACAAAUUCACGGCUGGAGAGGUUGACCAGAUGUUUCAGUCUUCUCCCAUUGAUGGUGCAGGCAACUUGGAUUACAAAUCUCUCUGCUACAUCAUCACACAUGGUGAAGAAAAGGAAGAGUAAUUGAAAAACAUAUACUUGUUACCGGGCUGCUCAGAUCUUUGCAUUUCUUCUUUAUUAUCAAAGUACAUCAACAGUGAAUAAAACCACAUUGUAAAUAGA